CGCAAGGUCGGGGCUUUCUUUCCUCGCGUGAGACGCGGUGCGUUUCGCCGCUGCGCGUGCGCACGGCGCCGCAUACAGCGGUCGCGGCGGGGUCGCCCGAGGAGGGUGCCGGGAGAGAGCGAGGUGUCGUUCGGCGGCGCCACCGGGUCGGGGACAUGUACGACUUGAGUGCGACGGAACCUGGGUUUGCCGACGCCUUCUGACCAGCGGUUCCUGAGUUUUGACGGUCCAGUUUUCGUGCGAUGUCUGCAGCGGGAGCUCGCGUCAAGUUUCAGGUUGGGUCUCGUCAUUUUCCAUGGUGGCCCCGUCAGGCCAACCCGGGUCCCCCCCCGAACCCGAGUCUUGCGUCUUCCCGGCCGAGGACCUCGCGCACGUGCCUCCCAGACACAGCGACGCAGAGCUGAGGCGAAAGGUGCUGGUCGACAACAACCCCGUGUCCUGCGUCCUCAACCCAGACAACACGGUGCUCAUCCGAGAUUGGUUGGGCAAGGACGAGCCGGACGAGGAGAAGCCCGCUGGUCGGGCGGACGGACGCGGUCCUCGCCGAGGGCGCGGCCGGCCCGCAGGCAGACUACGCGUCGGCGAUCUCGCGGCUGGUCCCCGGG